AUGGAGAGCGGUGAUGGAAUACAAUAUGAUAUAACAGAAACUGUCCAACAAUUUCUUGACAUGAUACUCGAACAAAUAAUUACUGGCGUGGAGAAAAAAGAGAGAAAAGACAGUUUGCAAGUCGUUCAUGAAAUAGUCAACGAUAUGUUACGGAAAGCUGUCCAGAUUGCCGAGGAUGAUAAACAUAUAUGUCCAACUGAAACGAAGAUUGAAUACUUGGAGAGUCGUUUAAGUUUAUACGCCAAUUUGAUUAGACGACCAGAGGGAAUUGAGAAGCAAAUUACAAAUGUUAAACCAAGUAUCAGAGCAAUGGUGAUGGAUUACACAUUAAAUGCUAGCAAAGAGCAACAGGACAGCCGGGAGAAAGGUUUUAAAUAUGAAACAAAUGCUAAAAUCUCAGCUGUUAAUUUCAACGACAACACGUCUAAUAGUCAUAUAAGUGCCAGUACCUCAGACGUGAAAAGUUUUGCAGAUCAUUUAGAAGAUUGCACAAAUAGAUACAGAAAUCUACAUGAAGAUAGCAUUAGCUCCCUACGUAAAGAGUGUAUUGACAACUCUGAUGCAAACAAACUUACCGAUGCUAAGGUUUCAGUUAAAGAUGACUUAAUGGAAGAAAAAGUGUUCCCUAAAGUUUCAAAAGUUAAAAAGAUCAAAACAAAAUACGGUAAAGUAAAGGUCGACUUCACUGAAGACCUUAGUAAGGCGGAACUUGAGAGGAUUGUCAAAAAUGCUGUAGAAAUUUCGAAAAAUGCGAAACAGAAUGAAUUAGCGGAAAGUAGGCGACAGAAAGAAACAAGAGGGGGCUUUGGUACAAGAAUCGCUAAUUUCUUUAGACGUCUGUCAUGCUGCAGAAAUAGUGAUAAGAAAUACUAAAUAUAUUAAACCUCUGAUUGAUUUUCAUUUAUAUUGAUGCAUACUACUUAAUGAGACAUUAGUAGGUUUUUACACAUUUGUAUGUUAUGUUAAUAAUCUUUAUUUAAUUAUUUAUUAUUUAUGCAUUUUUUAAAUGCCUUUUCGGCAUACAUAUUGCAAUAUGUAAUUAAAACAACAUAGUUGUUUA